AUGUCGCUCACGCAGCACACGCCGCUGAUUGCCGACCUCAGGGGGCGGCCUGAAGACCCAGAUUUCCAACCACCCAGGAGCAAGCGGCUCUGUCUUGAGGAGCCUGGCGGUGUCUCUGAGGCGGGGUGGCGGCUGCCCGUGGUGCCCCGCUUGUCUGAGGGAGAAAAAGUCUGGGAGUUGUCUCCCAGACCCUUCAAGGCCGUCUUUGUUUCCAUAAAUGCGAUUUUUGAUAAUUCCACAGACUCGUGUGUAGAGGAAUCUGUCAGUGGGAGGCCGACAUGGCAUCUGGGGUGCCCAGAACACAAAUUCCAAAUGAACAGCUGUGUGGAGUCUCCCCUCUCACAACGUUUGGCACCUGAUUUUAGGGCUUCAGGAAGGUCUCGUGAACCAGGGUCGCAUGGCAGAGAGUGUUUCAGUGUGCCUUACAAUGAUAGAUCCAAAGCAAGAUCUAGUCAACGUUUCCCCAACACCUCCACACACGAUAUUCGUGGAGUUAAACACGAGGAUCGGAAACAACAGUUAGUCCAUGGGAGAGACGGUAUUCAGAAAGACAAUAGUUAUGUAAGACAGACAGGACAUCCGUUUUUAGAUGUUACCUUUUACAAGGAAACUAAAUCAGCAUUUUGUGAAAUCAAGAACAGAUGUAAAGCUGGCAGUGUUAUGCCAUCAAAUAAAAAAGAAAACAACAUUUCAUCAUCUGCCCUAAAAAUAUCAAAAUCUCCAAACCAACCCAGCUUGGAAAUUGCCACAUCUAGCUAUUUUAGAGAUAGAAGCACAAUAAGUGUCCCUGAGUUUCCAACGGACUUAAAUAGCAAAAUGUCCUCUGUCUAUUUAAAGAAAACAGCAAAGAAAGAGAAUGACAAAAAUGAGGCAUAUGUUAGGGAUUUCACAAACAUUUACGGGUCCAAAAAUAGACCUGAUGUUAAGAAGCAAAAGUUACAGGAUGAUAAAAAAAUGUUAGAUGUACAAAGUAAUUUUUCCGAGUGUUAUGAAAGUAACCACCCGUCACUAAGCAGCCAAAAUACUUUCGAGAGAAGAAAAGACUUGAUCAGUUCAAACUACUAUAACUACAGUAGUAUCAAGUGUGAUGUAAGAGACCCUAAAAGGAAUUUCAUUACAAUGCUAGAAAAUGCAAAUUGGAAGGAAGCAGAAACGUGUCUGGACAACUACACACCCAUCAGGUUAGAAAAAUCUCAAAGCGGGAACUGUAACACUAUAUGUAUUUUGAGAAUAAAUAGGGAAAAUGAUUGGGCUAUGAAUAAUUACAAGAUUAAAUUGGAAAAUAUUAAAAAAACUAGAGAAAAAUGGAAUUGGCUACCAUUAUUAGAAAAAGAUCUCUUAAGCAAGGAAGAUUAUUGCAAUACCUCAGUCAUAGAUGUGCAUGGAGAACAAUCAAAGCCUCUCAUGAUAGGAAGCCUGGGUAACCAAAAAGCUUUAAUAAAAGUUGUUUGCUUAAAGAAUAAAAGAGAAAAAGAUACCACGUUGCAGUUGAGGCACAAUUCUACACAAAAAAAUUUUCCUUUAUGCAACAUUUUUGAAACUAUCAUUACAGAAAUUUUUUAUUUUCAUAAAAGUAUUUCAGAAAAUAAAAAAGAUAAUAGCAUUUUAUCCUGGUAUAAAAUCCUGAAGUGCAAAAAGCACACUGAUGUUCAAAAUCUAAUAACCAGGAAUAUGAAUGUCAAUAUAAAGAAUGGGACUUUAAGCAUAUAUUUACAAACUUGUGUUUCAGAACCUUUAAAUAACAUAUUGAAAGCCAACAUAGCCUUUUGGCUCAAUAACUUUGACUCUUUAACAAGAAUUGAAAAUGGUUUUGAAUUAGAAGAGGAAUGUAUUUUCAAAUGGAUAGUGUAUUUUAAUUAUUCAAAAAAUAUUAUAGUGGAAAAUCAAACUACACAUCUAGAAAGGAUUUUAGCUUCUUCAGGACUGUUAGAAGAUAAUAUGAAACCUGUGCUAAAGAAAAGAAAGCUAUUUAACACUGAUCAAGUUUUUGAAGAGUCUAAGAAAAAAAGCAUAAAUUUCUUUAGCAUGACAACUAAAAAUAUACAUUCUCCAACUUUUGAUACACAUGAAAAAAUUCCUCUUUUAAUGGAUUAUGAUGACAUGGAAGAAAUUUCUUUGAUAAAAGAAAUUACUUAUAAGAAUAUGAGUUGUGCUGAAGAAUUCACGAAUGUGGAAAAUUGGGCUCACUCUAGUUCCAGUACUAUGAAAACACAUGUUAAGUCUGGUCCUCAAUUUAUACGGAACAACCAUGGAUAUGUUAAUGAAAAAUCUUGUGAAGUAAAUUUGCACAAUCAACGUAUAGAUACUGAAAGAGAACAGGAAGAUAAUAAUAUCAAUAGCUUUAAUUCUAAGUAUAUAUUAGAAGAUAUCUACAAUGUUAUGCAACAGGCCAUGCUGACAAACCAUGACUUAAUACAUAGUGGACAGAUCAAUAACAUGACAAUGACUCAAAUGCUACAUUUUGAGAACUUGCCAAACAAAAUAGAAGAAAAAAAAUAUAACUUAGUUUUGAAAGAGAAAGCAAAAGCACAAAGUUUAGCAAAUAGUUGUCAAGUUCACAAAGAUAUUAAGAUAAAAAAGGAAGAGAAAGAUAGCUUUUUUCUGACUCAUGCCACAUUUUCUGUACAGGCAGCUUCACUGAGUAACAAAGUAAAUGUGGAAGAAACUAAAUAUGUUAAUCAAAAAUAUGUGGCUGACAGAAAUGAAUGUGAAAGUAUUUUGCAAGAAAGUGAGUUUGCUAAUUCAAAGAAUUUUCAUCCAAAGAAUGAAUCUACAUUAUAUGUUGAACAUCAAUUUGAAACUGAUUUGAGUGAAGGGAACAAUGAAUGUUUUCGGGACUCAACUGCAGAAUGUUUAUCAACAGAAGCUCUGACAACAGCAAAAGAUUUUGAGAUGAAGAGUAAAUUUGAUUUAGUACUUGAAGAACUUCACAUGUUUCAUGAAAUUAGUAAGGAAAAUGAAAUUUUAAGCACUGUGGAAAUGAACAAUAGACAAAAAAAAUACUUUGAAGGAAAUAAUGCUGAGGAGGUAAAAAUGGAAACAGAAAAAGCUUUGAAAAUGAUUGCAGUCAAUGAAGUAUGUGCCUCUUCCUUACUGGAUGAUACUACAGCAGGUCCUAAUAUGCGUAAAAGCUACCAAAGUUUAUUUAAAUGGAAGGCAGUACUCAAUAAUGGAGAACAGGGAGUUCCUAAUGAGUGUUGCUGCCCAAAAACACCAGAGGAAGAAUUACUUUAUUCUGCUUCUGAGGAAGACUGUGAAAAACCUUUACCCAAAAGACCUUUUUUUCCCCCUGAUGAAUGUAAGGAAGAAAAAUUUAAUUAUUUAUUGAGACAAGGUAGUCACUUUUCACAUGGCAUUUCAAGAGUACAACCUCUUAAGACAUGCAGUCGACCAAUCAGGAUUGGUUUGUCAAGAAAAGCGAGGCUUGAACAACUUCAUCCCUAUCUGAAAUAA